ACAAAAAUUAGGGCAUCCAAAUCUUCUCUUCCCCAGAGUCCAGACUCUGCUCUUCGGUCGAUCUGUUUAAGAUACCUCAAUCACUACACGAAAGCAUUCGACUUCUCAGUACAAGGGCUGGCAGUGGAAGAAGUAGAAGAGAGAUUGAAGGUGAAUGGUAGAAGAAGGCAACAGGGGUUGUUCUUAUUAUCACUGGUGAAGUUCCAGCUUCGCAGACGAUAUUCGUAUUUGGCUUUCAUUGCUUAAUAGGGCUGAAAUGGAUGGCCUUAUACAACAGAAAGUGCAAAGGUUUGAAGAAUUUGUUGACCGCCGCUUGAAACCAGAUCUUGUUCAUGCUAUUGCUGAACGGGACAAGGUCUUUGAACAACAAGAAGUUUUCUCAAAUUUGAGACGAAACAUAGAGAAUUUGGAGAAGAAUAGUGUAACUAGUCUCCAGACAAUGGUCAAUCUCGGUUCUGAAGUAUAUAUGCAAGCGGAAGUGCCAGAUACACAACGCAUAUUUGUAGAUAUUGGACUGGGUUUCCAUGUGGAGUUCACAUGGUCUGAAGCUUUAAAAUACAUAUCUAUAAAGGAAGAAAGUCUGGCCAACCAAAUCCAGGAGUAUACGCGCCUCAUUGCAUCAAUCAAGGCCCAAAUCAAGAUUGUAUGUGAAGGGAUCCGGGAGUUACUACAGCUUCCAGCUGAGAGAUAGUAAUGAAUUGUAACAUGAAGCAAGAGGAUUUGAAGAAUCCUUUUCUUGGAGUUUCUAUACCUACCCCAUUUGCAUCCUUUUAUAAUUCAUUUAUCAGUCCACUUUGGGGUAAAAGCAUGGGAAAGUCUUGGCAUUUUCAUUGCCUCUUUUCAUAUACCUUGAUAGAUGGCAGGUGAUACUGAAUUAAAAAUAUUAUUUAUAUUUAAUUUUAUCAUAUGUUUUUUUAUACCCAGGUAAUCACCUAUGGGUGCCACAA